GUCAUUCUUGCUGUGCGACUAGAUGAGAGUUGUCUUCCUUUCUGAUGUUCAGUCGAGUUUUUUCUUAGUUUAUGAAUCAUUGUUCACGUGGCGUAGAAUUUUUAUUUAUUUUUUUUUAAAUUUCAUUUUUGUAAUUACUUUUAUAAUUGAACGAAUACAAAAUAAUCGAAGGGCACGAGAAGGAUCAGUGAAAACGAAGCAAAGUUCGAAUUUGUACGUGUACAGAAUCAAGAAUUUCAGAAAUGGAUGAAAUAAAGUCUGUCGUAAAUGAUAUUGCUCAACCAACUCCAGUACCGUUGAAAGACUUGUCGGCCAUCGCAGUCAGCCUGGAAAUCUGGCGCCAUGAAAUACGCAAUCGUCGCACGAGCAACACAAUAGACAAAUUUUUUUCAUUCUCUUGGGAUAUCUCUUCAAGCUCCGUAUUACCCCCCGGUUUGCCGCCAGUAAUUUACGAUGUAAUAGACAAAUAUGUGCCAAGAUUUGGACCAUCAGCGACGACAUGGCUGUCUAGCCAGUACAGAACGACAUUUCACUUACACCGCACACAUCAAAACUCUGUUUUGGAAGUCUUCGACGAUUUCGUUUUUGAUUACAGUGGCACCAUCGAUUAUGUGAGAACAGCGAAACGCAUGAUGGACUGUGACAAAUUUAGUCUGGAAGAAAAAUUUGCUACAGCUUGUACGUAUUUUUUCGAAGACGAUAUCAGACGAAUCUGGCCCUCUGUAUUCCAGAGUUUCGACUUGAAUAGUAUGAAAUUUCGCAAUUGCCCGCAAUGGUAUUAUUGGAUAUGCUGCCUCAGAAAUGAAAGGGAUAAGAUACCUAGACCUACGAAUAGAAACAGAUCUGUUGACGAAGUUAUGCUCGACCACCACAUGUUUGAGAAUAAACCAUCUUUCGAGUAUUUUUGGGGUCGUGUGUCUCCGGAGAGUCAAAUGAGAAAAGCCAAAUACACUCACGAUAAGAAAUUGUUAGUUACGUUCGUGCUAUCGAAACUGAACGAUCAUCAGCUCGAUGAAUUUGUGAAUACAAACGGUUGUAAAUUAAUAAUGAAUCUGCUAAACGAUUGUCUGCGUUGCUGGUGGUUCGUUCAACCGACGUGGAAGUUUAUAAAAAAUAAAAUGAAUGAAAGUACUGUUAAAACAUUGGUCAUCGAAAUGUUGAAACUCGAGCUGACGUCGGUGGUAGGAUGGAGUUCGAAAUUACCACAGAAUUGGUUGCAUUGUUGUUCGGAAAUUUGGAACGAUAUCCCGACUAAUGUAAAACGAUCGAUAGUCGAAGAUAUUUUAUCAAACGGGGGCUUUGCUCGGAAUGCAUCUUUACGGUGUGCGGAUCAAUGCAAGAACGGACAUUCCGUCGGAUUUUUAUUGCUUAUUCUUUCAUCGGCCACUUUUGAGCAGAGAAGCUCAUUUUGGCGCGACUGUUGGCUUCAUUUAAUCAAAUGUGCUCGAAUGGAUGAUUUGAAACGCAUAAGAACGCUCUGUUUCGAAAAUGAAGAUGAAAUUACUCAAUUCAUGGGAAACAUUAUUGCUGUAAGUAGAGAUAUGCGUAGAUGGUGUAGAGAACUAUUAAGUUUUGGGAUGUUCGACGAACUGAACGAUUUAAUGGAUUUUUGUUGGCCCGAUGUUGAAGCAGCGAAAAGAUACAAGCUGCAGCUUUUGCAAUCAUCUUUCCUCGGAGAAGAAGAAGAUAGCCAUUUUACUUUUUCGGUUGUCCAAAGUGUUGACGAAUUUAGUGCAUUUAUCGACAGUACUUUCGACAAUAAAGAUCAAUCGGCAGAUUUCAAGAAUCAACUUAUGUCAACUCUUGCAGCCCAAGAAGCUCUAUCGGAUUAUCCCUUCUUCUUGAAUCCCUCUUUUGAAAAGCUGAUGAAAUUAGUGGACACAUUUGUUUCGACGGAGGAAACUGUACGUGUGAUAAAAAAGGAUAUUAUUAAUCAUUUGACGCAGUUUAGUUCAACUGGUGGUAGUGAUUAUCGAUUUUAUUACGACCGUCACCUCAAAACACCUGUAUAUGACCAAUUUUUAUUGUGGUUGUUGGGAAGUGCGGAAGAAGUUGUAAGACUUAGGCAGACUUAUGUUAUAUAGAAUUCUGCCAGAGCGUUGAGAGAUUUCUCUACGAAAUUCAACGUCUUGAAACUGACAUUGUGUUUUGAAUGUACAUAUGUGGAAUUGUUCCGGUUAAUUGGGCUUUUUAGAUUUUUAAAUAAGUACCUACAUUGAGAUUUCUUUGGACUUAUUUUUAGCAGGUGUUUUCGAUAAUUUGCACAAAGUAAACAUACUCGUAAAUGGUGUAAGGAUUCACUAAAACUUUUUUUUUUUGCAUUUCUAGUCCAUAAAGUUUGUGUUGUUAUAUUAUUAUACUAUAAUUAUGUGUACUUACGUUAAUUUUUAACUGCGAAUGUAUACGGAGGUACUUUAAUCCUGUUUUCAUUUUUCAUGAACGAAUAAGUGUAUAACUAGUUUUAGUUCUCUUGUGUAUGAGAUUAAUAA